ACUAACAGUGUAGCAUGGCCAAAGCAUUUUCGUUUCUUUUCGUUAUUUUGAGCUAUUCAAGCUAUUUAUCGAUAGCUGUAGAGGUGGACCCAACUCCUGAAGAGUGGGUGAAUCCUUGGGAUAUGACUAAAUACGAUGCAGCUGCUAAAACCAUUGAUCACGGGGACACUUUAAGUGGCCUUCCAAAAGAUGGUGAUUCCAGUCCUAACCACAGUCCAUCCAUGAGCAGGCUUAAAGCACAGCUAACACAGUGUCAGAAAGAUUUGAAAAAGCUGCCUGCUCAGUGCCAGGCAUGUGCUGAGAAAACUGUUGCUAAUGCCUCACCAUGUGAAACGCCACAUUUUAAGAGGGUAAUCAGAAUCAUAUUAGGCAAUCUUGAAGAUCGUGGUGAUCAUGAUGUGACAAUUACUGCUUCAAAAGAUGACACUGCAACCUUAGAAAAAUUCAUCAAAUCUGAUGAUGGAAACAUCCAAGAUGCCGCAGAAGUAGUCACUGCUAUCAUAUCUAACUUUAAAAGCAAAGGUAGCAUGUAUGACUUUAACCAAUGGGACUCAUCAUCCUUCACUUAUGUAACUAAAGAGGCAGUUCUUGUCCUGGCAGCACUGUUUUUUGUGCUCUGUGCUGCAGUGGUUUUUGAGAGGUAUACAACUUUAACUUGGCGGAAGCAACUUUGGUGUGUUCUUUUCCUGUGCUUUGCUGUAAGUAUUCCAUGGGAGUGGUAUCAUCUGUACAGAAAGGCAUUUGCUUCUAAACAAGCGCAGAUGGAAAAGGAGAUUCCCAAGGAGUGCCGGCCAGAUCAUCAGUUACGACCACUUGAGUCUCUAGUACUUUGGUUUAGGAACUCAUUUACCUUUACAGAUGACAUUUGUAUCAAAUACCAGGAGACCUUGCUUGUUGAUCCAUUCUGGGAAAUCUCUCCCUCUAAAGCAAUUUCUGCAACAGUGGCCAGUAUCAUUGCUCAGCCAUUUGAACACAUUGCAGAGGCCUUGGGCAAGAGUUUUCGAGCAUUGUUCAGAGAGGUUCCAUUGCAAUGGCAGCCGUUUGUGUUUAUUGCUGUAAUCUUUUUAAUUGUUGUCAUCAUUUUCACAAUUAGUGGAUUACAAAUAAGGCUGCCAUUUGUAACAAUCGCAACUACCACUGCCCCUGCCCUGCCUGGAAAUAUCCAUGGAAAUCUGCAACAGCUUCAGGACCAACUCCAGAAUGUUGUGCGUCACUUAAAUGAUGUGCCUGCACAACCCAGAGGUGCAAUUGAUAAUGCUCCCUUACAAGAGGACAUCCACAAUCGUUUAGGGCAGGUUUAUGAUGUUUUGAAUGCCAUAAAUGAAAGACAACAGAGAUGGGAAGAGGACAUGCAAAGAGCCCAGCCUAUGAUUCAACAAGCUCCUCAGCCAGCACCAGAGGGCCUUGGUCAUGUGGAGGCUGGUGCUACUGUGGUUGGGGCACAGGAAGAGAGACCCGAGAGACAGCCUGUCUCAGAAACACACCCUGUUGCAACAACAUGCGCUGUUACAGAGACACACCCUGUUUCAGAGACUUCCGAUCCGAAAACUCCUGUUCAGAAUAUAGAUACUGCUCAUAUGAGGGAUUUUGACUUCCAGGAAUCUUGAUAUAUUCUUAUGUAAAGUUGAUUCUUUGCAUAUGAAUGAAUGAGAUCAGUAAAGUUGUUCAAUCCCUGCAAGAGGCUAAAGGAAAGUGCAAAAGACCAACACUCUAAUUUAUUCCUGGCUUGUUCUGAUAAAAUUGGUUAGGGUGCCUUAGCAUAGGAGUAUAACUGGAGAAAUUUGACAAGUAAAUAAUCCAGAAGAAGUACUGUUAGUAGUACACUUACAUAAGGUUUUAACAGCUUUAAUUUUUGUUGUUGAAAUUCCACUACUGAAUUUCUUUCAGUGUUAAAUUAAUUUUAUGUAAGAAAAUAAAUAGUGAUGUAGUCACCUAUGAAAUGUGAACAGUUCUCAACUAUAAUUCAAUAAGUUGUAUGUCUUCCUGUGAUGUGAUUUGUAACUCUCCCUACUGGUUGCCAUACCUAUUUUUGCUAGUUUGUUGAGAGCAUUCAGUGUGAUAUCUAGGAGAAACCCUCUGGCUAAUAAGUUUUCGUUAUCUCUUCACCUUAAUACUGGGUAAUGUAAUGACAAUGUAGGGAAAGUAACAAAGUAGUAAGUGCUGCAGUAUAGUUAGUGAACUCAAGUGUUCAACACCAGGAAUCUCUAGUUCAGCUUCAGGGUGUUGAUCAAGAAUCAAAGUGGAAAAAAAAUUGCAGGUUAAAUCUUGAUGGACUGAGAUUUUUUGUAUAUUGUGAAGUGAAGAUUAUGCCUUUGUUACUUUACCCUUUUUUUUCAUUUUAGUGUUUCCUAAUGAAAACCCUGCAACUCUACUGAUUUUGAAAUAACUAAGGUUUGAGGUUUUUUUUCAGAACUUUUCUGUUUUAAAGGAAAAAAAUUUAAUGUGACUGAGUUGUUACUCUCAUUUGAUAAUCUCCUAUCAGUAUGCUAAUGCAGUAGCUAGCUGAAGAUUUUAUUUACUAACCAUGUAUUAGUAACAAAUGUUCAUACAUUAAGAACAAGGCGUUUUUCUUUCA